UGGGAAGAACAAAUGUUUUGCCGGAAGCAUCUAGUAUCAUCUUAUCUCUCCUGUAUUAAAAAAAAACCCUUGAUUUCCUAUUCUCCUUAUUUGUCUCCUUCCAUACUUUGCAUUCCAAAACUGUCCCAACUUCUGGAGCUUCAUUCACAUCCAUCCAUUCCCCUUGAAACCCUGCCAUUUUUUUUUUUUUAAAUUUAGUAAACAGACAACCCGUCUAACUAAGUACCAAUAUUUCCAAUUUUUUUUCAUAUCUCUCUCACUCUUCUCUCAACACUCACCCAAAUCCUCAUUGUUUUGUGUCAUUGAUCAGCAGUUAUGGCUGACAAGGUUAAGGAGAUGGAUAACGAAGAGUUCUUCAUGGAAAAUGAUGAUGAGGACGACCUUGAAGAGAGCAAGAUAGAGGAUGGUAGUAUCAGCAGUAGCAGCAGCAGCAAGAACAAUAGUUAUGAUGACGGUGAGGGAGGCAGAAGAGGCCCUUCUGCCGCUUUCUCUUCCCAACAAUGGCCACAAAGUUUCAAAGAGACCAUGGAUCCUUACACAAUCACAGCAUCACCAAGCUUCGGAGUUCUAGGGGGAGUUCCAAAUUUUGGAUAUUUGAGUUUUGGCAGUCAGAGCAAAAGUAAUUUGGACCUGGAUGGAAAGCUUCCUCUUCUGUCUGAACAUCAAAAGAGUUAUGGGAAGGGUUUUCUAGAUAGCAUCUCAAGAGCACAGUCAUCAUGGUCGCAGAAGUAUUCAAUUCAUAAGCAACUUACAGGAGAGUUUUCCGUUGCUUAUGGAUGUAGUGUGACCCAGACGGUAUUUAAUUCGGUAAAUGUAAUGGUUGGAGUUGGGCUUCUAUCCACACCUUAUACGAUAGCGAAAGGAGGCUGGGCAAGCUUGUUGAUGCUAAUUCUUUUUGCAGUUGUAUGUUGUUAUACAGCCACACUGAUGAAAUACUGCUUUGAAAGCAGAGAAGGAAUUAUAUCUUACCCUGAUAUGGGUGAAGCUGCCUUUGGACGAUUCGGACGCCUUUUUAUAUCUAUUGUUCUCUAUACAGAAUUAUAUUCAUAUUGUGUGGAAUUUAUUAUCAUGGAAGGUGACAAUCUUACAAGGCUAUUUCCUGGAGUUUCUUUGGAUUGGCCUGGUUUAAAGCUGGACUCAAUUCACAUUUUUGGAAUUCUAACUGCCUUUGUUGUUCUACCCACUGUCUGGUUAAAAGAUCUCCGCCUUAUUUCAUAUCUUUCAGCUGGUGGGGUUGUUACAACAUUGGUGAUAGUUCUUUGUCUGGUAUUCCUUGGUGCAGCUGGUGGUGUGGGCUUCCAUCAUACUGGUAAAGCUGCGAAUUGGAGUGGCAUUCCAUUUGUAAUUGGUGUAUAUGGAUUUUGUCAUUCGGGGCAUUCUGUGUUUCCAAAUAUCUAUCAAUCAAUGGCUGAUAAAUCACAAUUUAAGAGGGCAAUGCUAUAUUGCUUUCUUUUAUGUAUAGUAUUGUAUGGGGGUGUUGCAACCAUGGGUUUUCUUGAGUUCGGUCAAGGCACCUUCUCUCAGAUAACUUUGAAUAUGCCACCACAGGCUUUUGUUUCUAAAAUUGCAUUGUGGACAACGGUUAUCAACCCACUCACAAAAUAUGCAUUGUUGAUGAUCCCGUUGGCAAGGAGUAUAGAGGAGCUGCUGCCAGAUGAAGUUUCAAAUAGUUUAUGGUGUUUCAUUCUUCUGAGAGCAGCACUUGUCUUUUCUACUGUUGGUGCUGCAUUUGUUAUGCCUUUCUUCGGUCUUAUGAUGGCUUUAAUUGGUUCUCUUCUCAGCUCUAUGGUGGCUAUAAUAAUGCCAUCACUAUGUUUCAUAAAGAUUGUUGGAAGAAAAGCUACAAGGGCACAGAUUGUUUUGAGUGCCACAAUUGCUGUAUUUGGUAUUGCCUGUGCUAUUGUUGGGACAUAUUCUACAUUAAGAGGGAUAACUAGUCAUUACUGAAAUCUAGAGCAUGGCUUCCUCCCUGCUGAUUUACAACGUGUAGAUUGUCAUCAUGGUGAUGCUAAUUCUCGUCGCAGCAUCACUACAGUUACAUAAAUCAAUGUCUUUCAGCCGUGAAAAGGACCUUUCACUCGCGAGCUGCCCGGAAAAUCUAGUUCCAAAUACAUUGAUAAGGCAUUAAAGAAUAUUAGGAUUAAGACAUGCGCUUUUUGUUGUUUGUAAUGGUGAUUGUUUGGAUAUUUCCCCUGUUUACUUUGUCACAUUUUAUUUUAGGUAAAGGCCUUGGUUUCCUGGAGUUGAAUCUGGCCUGUUAAUGACCAUGAACUAAGAUUUUUCUGAAUUCUGAUUGUUGCCAAUUUUUUCUA